ACCAUCAAAUACACAACAGUACUGUUUCAAUUCUUUCUUCUUUUAAGCUUCAAAAAUGGUGGAAAACGAUAGAAUCUUAGAAAGCUUAUUACUUGAAUGGGAAAAUUUCCAUUCCAACAAUCAUCACAAGCAAAAGCAAUUCUCAGAAACGAAACACAAUCCUCAAAUAAAGCAGCAAUGGUCGAUGGUUGUGAUCAGAGAUUCCGUUUCUAACAGCGACCUCUGCGUUUUCCCUCCCGUCAACCAUGAAAAUCUACACCAUCAAAUGCAACAACCGCAGCAGCAGCAACAAAACCCGCAUUCGAAAUCGGAUCUUUUACCUCCUCCCGAUGCCGGCAGCGUCAUCCCGUCGUCCUGUGGUCGUGGGAUAGGAGAAUGGUUGGGAAUUGGGCUUGAGAUUUUGCGUGCUAAAAUCGUUGGCUAUUUCGGUUGCAAAAAUGAGACGAAGACUGGAAAGGUAUUUCGGUCUUUACGAGGGGUUACUGACUUGGCGGCCGUGAUGCUGUUGUGGUGGUUGUGUAAGCUGCUAUGGCGACGGAGGUGCCGGAAGGAGAGCGUGGAACGGCUGAAGAUGAUUAUAAAGGAGAAAGAUGAGAAAAUUACAGGAUUGUUAAACCAGAUUGCUGAAAUGAAAAAAGUAUUGGUAGAACGCCAUAAACUUUUAGCUUCAAAUUGAACUAUUGAUGGUAUCUGCUUCAAUUUCAACAUCAAAUGCUGAUGAAGAUGAAGACCGUGGCGAUCUUUAGAGUACAUUUUAUCCCCUCAAAUUUAGUUAAUUUAGUGAGUAGAUUGUAUAUAUGGUUUAUUUAUUCAUCUCUAUGGAAAUUAUGAGUUUAUACCGAUCAAAUCAAUUGGACUUUUUAA